CUAGGGCUUUAGUUUCAGGAAUGGAGAGCAUUGCCGCUGGCGGUGCGUGCUCGCUGUCUCAACACGAUCCCUGCUGCGCGACUGCCAGUCCCAAUACGGCCGCUCCAUCCUGCGCUCGGCCGAUCGUCCAAGCAGGCAAGCAGCAGCAGCAGCGAUUCUUCCCAUGGCGGGGCGCGAUCCGGAGUGGAAGGCGUCCGUGUGGCAAUGGUGGGGCGGGGCUAACCUACAAGGAUGCCGGCGUUGAUAUUGAUGCUGGAGCGGAGCUCGUGAGGAGGAUUGCCGCCAUGGCGCCUGGAAUUGGAGGCUUUGGAGGAUUGUACCCGUUUGGAGACUCCUAUCUCGUAGCUGGAACUGAUGGAGUCGGGACGAAGUUAAAACUUGCAUUUGAGAUGAGCAAGCACGAUACCAUCGGGAUCGACCUGGUUGCGAUGAGUGUAAACGACAUUGUUACUUCUGGAGCCAAGCCGAUGUUCUUUCUGGAUUAUUUUGCGACAAGCCAUUUGGAUGUGGACAUUGCGGAACAGGUGAUCAAGGGAAUCGUUGAAGGUUGUCGUCAAUCUGAUUGCGCACUACUGGGUGGAGAGACAGCAGAAAUGCCAGAUUUCUAUGCACCGGGAGAGUAUGAUCUGAGUGGCUUUGCCGUCGGCAGUGUCAAAAAGGAUGCGGUGAUUGAUGGAAGUAGGAUAGCUGCUGGAGAUGCUGUGGUCGGGCUUCCAUCUACCGGAGUGCACUCGAACGGAUUCUCUCUCGUUCGGAAAAUACUUGCUAAAAGCGGUCGUUCAUUGUCAGAUGAACUACCUGGAGCAGGACACAGUCCAUUGACGAUAGGACAUGCUCUACUCGCUCCAACAAAAAUAUAUGUGGAACAGGUUUUGGAUAUCAUUGCGAAGGGUGGUGUCAAGGGCAUUGCUCAUAUCACUGGCGGCGGAUUUACGGACAACAUUCCAAGAGUGUUUCCAGAGGGUCUAGCUGCGGAGGUUAGAGUUGGUUCUUGGACUGUUCCACCAAUCUUCAAGUGGCUUAAAGAGGCUGGAAAUGUGGAGGAAGCUGAAAUGUUUCGCACUUUCAACAUGGGAAUAGGAAUGGUUUUGAUUAUGGAACAAAUGGCCGCGGAGCAAAUUCUCAAAGGAGAUGAGCCCGCAUUUCUGUUAGGCCAAGUGAUAAACGGCGAAGGAGUCGUCUACAAGUGACAUGGAAGUCUUGGCUAAGCCUCUAAAUAUCGAGGUUCGAUAUAUGAUUUUCCAUCAACUAAA